AUGUCUGCAGGUGAAUACUACGGCGGGCCUCCUCCGUACAGCCAGUACGGCGCGCCGCCGUCCGGACAACAGGAAUACGGCGGCUACAAUGGCAGUCAGCAAGGCUAUCCUCCUCCCCAGGGCCAGUAUGGAGCGCCCCCGCAACAGGGCUAUUAUCCGCCGCAGUCGCAACCGCCGUACAGCUCCCAUCAGCAGCCGCAGUAUUCCUCGCCGCCCCCUCAGCACGGUCAACAAGGCUAUGCACCACCAUACGGCGGACCUCAAGCAGGCCCAGGUGGCUAUGACUAUGGUCAGGGUGGACAAUCUGGAUAUCCGUCGGAGCGUGGUCACUCGUCAUAUCCGCAACAACAGGCCCCUCACCAGGGCGAAAGCGCCUCAUACUACAACUCCCAGCCUCCUCAUGGUCAUGCACAAGCUUAUCCUGGCGGAUCCGGUGGACCUGGUGGACAGGAGGGCGAAAAGGGUCUUGGCACAAGAAGCACAAGAAGCACAAGCACAAGCACGGUCACAGCCGACACAGCUCUAGCUCCUCAAGCUCCAGCAGCAGCAGCAGCGACUAGGAAACCACCGCAGAGAGAUGCAACUAUUCCGGAACGACUGUCGAAUGCGAUCGUGGUUAGCGACGCUCUGGUGUAG